AUCGCCGAGAGAGUGCGAUCUAUCGCGUCAUUAUGGAUCAAGAGGAUGUUUUAACGAUACUAAAGAUUCUCAUAAUAGGUGAAUCUAAUGUGGGAAAAUCGAGUAUACUCUUGAGAUUCACCGAAGAUGAAUUCUGCGAAAAUAUGCAAAGCACAGUCGGAAUGGAUUAUAAAACCAAACAGAUAACCAUCGAUGGCAAUACAGUCAAACUCGCGAUUUGGGAUACGGCGGGCCAAGAACGAUUUCGCACUUUAACGCCAAGUUACUACAGAGAUGGUCAGGGUGCUAUUUUAAUGUACGAUGUUACAGAUCGAAAUACUUUUGUAAAAUUGGAGACAUGGCUUAAUGAAUUAAAUACAUACUGCAAUAGAACAGAUAUCGUCAAGAUGGUAGUAGGUAAUAAAAUAGAUCUGCCGAAUAGGGAAGUGAGCACUGAGGAAGGUUUACAGUUUGCCAGAAGACAUCAGACUUUAUAUAUCGAAAGUAGUGCAAAAACAGCGGAUGGUGUAAAGUGCUGCUUUGAAGAACUUGUACAAAAGAUAAUACAAACACCUGGUCUUUGGGAUACUCACUCUACACGAUUAUAUGACAAUGGUACCAUGACUGCUUCGAGAUAUCGAAGUGGGAAAAGGGGGAUGCAGUUGGCUGCUAACUAUCAAUCUCUACCUGUUGAGUCAUCCUCAAAUUGUUAUUGCAGUUUACUGUAAUCAUGGUGUUAUGAGAAAGUGCAUGUUUGUUAGAACAAAUAUAUGCAUAAUAUGUUUAAGGCUGAGACUACACAAAAAAAAUCCGAGAAGCAACACAGAGGAGAUCAUAUACGAUAUAUCAUCACUUCAUACAUGCUAACACUCGGGUCUUACAAAAUUUACAAUUAGGAAAUAAUUUUGUAAGAUGCAUAUAUUCACAUUUACAUUUACAUCACAUAUACACAUUAGCUAUUGUUGGACAUUAAAUCUUAAAUCUGUUGUAAAUAUUUAUGGCAUAGAAAAUUAAAUGAAAUUUUGUGUUUGUGUGAACACAUAAUUAAUAUAUUGAGAAAACAAUUGUAAGUAUUUAGUGAUACAUUUUUAUAGGCCAUAGAUAUUCUGUUAAUCACAAUCAAUUUUUGUACAAGUAAAAUUUGACAAUUUUUAUAAU